UGUGAAACGCUAAAUUGUGCUACUUUAAAUUGUGAAACGCUAAAUUGUGCUACUUUAAAUUGUGAAAUUCCAACGCACUGUUUCCACUCAAUCUGUGUUGAGGUUAAGCGAAUUUAGCUCGAGGACGUCAAAAAUUACAUUUGCAUUUUCAUGCGCUAAAUUCAGCAAAUUGCCAAAUUACUUCUGCGCCAGUGGUCUGCGCAUGCACAGUCCUCUCGACAUCAGUCUCCGCGUUUUUCUCACGGUCUGAUUGUUGCCUGGUUACCAAGUUACAUAAACAUUUUUCAUUUUUUCAAAAAUCAGUUUUGUUUACAAAGUUUAUUUCACAAAAUGUCGACAAAGAAAUGAUUCAAAGCAUGAAUAAGGACGGUACUAUAGACUUUACUAAACUAGAAAAGCAACUGCUUGUGGCCGUUGAGGAGGAUGCAAAAUAUCAAAGGGAAAAUGAUGCGAAAUUUCGGGCCGUGGCUCAAAGAGUUGGUUCUUACGAAGAGUUCAAGGAUAUCGUGGCUGCUUCGCAUUUAAAACCACUGGAUAAAAAAGACACGGAAGGUUUGCACAACAGAAAACAGCCGUGGAAUCCUUACGCAGAUAAAACCAAUCAACAAACAGUGUCUCUGACCAACACCUCAAAACCAGAUGACUUAUCCCUCCCUCAAAAUAGUCAUGAAUUUCACAAAUAUUGGAGGAAAUGCCAAAGAGACAAUUGGAAGAGAUACCGAUACCUUAUCGCUAUAGGCGGUCCAUUGUUGGCAGAGAUCUUCAGAGCUGAAAUUUCGAUGGGUUUACUUGGAGAAGUUAUUAGUACUAUGCAUGAACUUUGGCAGGAGGAAGAUUUGACAAAGAUUUGUAGCAUUUUGCAUAGUCUAUCUACAGUUAAACGUUUCUCAUUGUCUUUACAAUUUCUAAGCAAGAAAGAGAAGACUUUGUUGAUAGAACUUUUUAGAAAGAUGAACGAGACAAUAGCUAGUUUGAAAGACACUGGUGGAGUUUUUAGGCAAGAUAUGCUUCAGACACUAGAGAUAAAUUAUGGGGUAAAGCAUGACGUGUGUGAAUGAUAAAAUAGAAUGUAAUUUUAAUAAAAGUAAUUUAUUAUGAAAUAUUUACUUUUUCUGAAUUGUCUCAUGAGCUGUCAGCAGAUACUUCAGCAAGAACUGAAGAGGGAAGGUGUGGUCGGAUUGGUGCAAGAGCUGUUCUAGGUUGUAGUGUUUGCUGUGUCUAUUU